AAUAUAGAAUUCUACUCAUAAUUACAAAUGCAGUAUUGGCAUCCUUGUUAAUUCUUGGAUUGACACUCAAAAAUUUUAUUAUUUUUUGCAUUGCUGCUAUUUUUGUGGCCUUUAUUCUGGCAAAUUACCUCAUAUCCUUCGUAAUUCUCUUGGUUUCUCUUUUUGUAAAAGAUAAGUUCACACUGGAAAGUAAAAUUUUUACUACAAUUAUUGUGUUCAUUAUGCUGUUCACAACAACCGUUUUCUUUAACAUUUAUUUAUCCACAUAUAAAGUUAUGAGAGCUGGGGGAACAGGGUGGGAAUUCAAGAAUUAUAUGGAGAUCGAGUCUCAGAAGCAGUUGGAGAAGAGGGAAGAAAAGAAGCAAGAGAAGAAGGAAGAAUCGGGCACCUACAGUGAUUACAAAGCUUAA